AUGUCCAAUAUAGCCUUUGUUCGUAUUCAAAGAGAAUGCAAAGAAGUUGUUACUAACAAGGAAAUUCAAGAUACUGGUAUAAUGAUUGAAAUUUUAAAUGAUUCGUUAACUGAUAUAAAGGGAACUAUCAAAGGUCCACCCGAUUCGCCUUAUGAAGGAGGAACCUUCGAUAUUUCAAUUGUUAUCCCAGAGCAAUAUCCCUUCAUUCCGCCAAAGGCUAAGUUCAUCACGAAAAUAUGGCAUCCGAACAUAAGUUCCCAGACAGGUAUCAUUUGUCUGGACAUUCUGAAAGACCAAUGGGCCGCUUCACUUACUCUGAGAACCGUUUUAUUAUCUAUUCAAUCUUUAAUGUGUAGUCCUGAGCCAAAAGAUCCCCAAGAUGCUGUAGUUGCACGGCAGUAUAUGGAUGAUCCACAGCUAUUCAAGAAAACUGCUAUCUUUUGGACAUCCCGUUUUGCCAAGGGGAACGCCCCAGAUUGUACUGAUUUCAGAUUUAAAAUUACCAAGUUAAUGGACAUGGGUGUUACUGAGGACGAAGCUGUAUCUGUACUCAGCUGUAAUGCCUGGGAUCUCUCUAAAGCUACGGAUUAUAUUUUCUCUUAA